AUGCCCAACCCCUCCACCUUCCCCGUCCUAGAGGCCACCUUCACCCUCAAAGAAUCGCAUAGGAUCAACAUUACCCCUCAGCUUAUGGCUCAGGCGCUGCAGUACUCACUGAGUAGUGGGUUCCCUCCCUUCGUGGCUCAACUAGAGGAGUUGACGGAGAAGAUCCACGCGCCGCCUGAUGUGUGUGAGAGGCAGGUGGUGGUGACGGUGGGGUCGGAACACGGCCUCUCCAUGGCAUGUGGCAUGCUCAUCAACCCUGGCGACGCCGUCUUGUUUCAGGAACCUACAUAUCCUGGUCUGCUGGCCCUGCUAGACAAUGUACAAGCUCAUCUCAUCCCUAUAAGGUCUGACAGCCAGGGCGUGAUUCCCUCCCUCCUCCGAGUUGCCUUGGACCAGUGUACUGACCGACGGGCCAAGUUUAUCUACGUGAACCCGAGUGGCAGUAAUCCAACAGGGGUGUUGAUGAGGGAGGCCAGGCGAAGGGAGAUAUACAGCAUUGCCAGCGAGUACGACCUUCUGAUCCUUGAGGAUGACCCCUACCACUAUAUACAGUUUAUGGAGGAAAAUUCAGUAUCAGUCAGGUCAAGAGAGGCGGGUCUUAGGAUGACAAACCGCAGAUUAAAAUAUAGACAUCAUGAACCACAACUCCUGCAGGAGGUGCCGCCCAGUUUUCUCAGCUUGGACACGGAGGGUCGGGUGCUGCGCUUCGACUCCUUCUCUAAGACUGUGGCUCCCGGCCUGCGGGUUGGCUAUGUUACCGUACCCAAACCAAUCGGUGAAAAGCUCGUCCUUGACAUUUUGGACAAUAUCCUGCAUGCAUCUGUCCUCCCUCAGGUGAUAUUGCGUGAGGUGCUGAAGACGUGGGGUCACGAAGGGUACCUGCAACACAUGAGGGCGGUGUGCGAGUUGUACCGGAGACAACGAGACAUUAUGGUGGAAGCGGUUGACAGACACCUUAAUAACCUGUGUGAGUGGACGGUGCCAGACGGAGGAUUCUACAUCUGGCUCAAGGUUCUGGGGGUGAAAGAUACGAAGACAUUGGCGAUGAAACGAGGACUAGAGAAAGGGGUGCUGGUGGUGCCUGGGGCGGGCUUCCUGGCGGAUGGGAACCAGCCGUCUCCAUACAUCAGACUCGCCUAUUCUGUGAUCAACCCUGAUAACAUGGAUAAAGCUAUCAAACUCUUGGCUGAGGCGAUCAGGGAAGAACAAGAGGAGUACAGAUCUUGUAAGACAUCAAGCACUUAAAUCAGAAGAAAACCUAUUAUGUAAGUGCAGUUGUUACUGUCCAUAUAUUUCAAGAAUUCUAUCCACAUUACCUGUUCUGUAUAAGAAAAUCAGUUAUUCCAUCUGCAGUCAUGUUGUGUUGCCUCUCUGUAACAAAGCGUGUCGUCAUUUGGGUUCAAAUUUUACAAGGGUAAUUACAACGAGAUA